GAAUUUGGCGUCAGAGAGAGCCAGAGGUGCAGGAGGUGCAGGGGGAGGAGGUGCAGGAGGAGGUGUGUGCUGCUGGGCAGGGCAGAGCCAUGAAUGCGCUCAGACCCGUCAUUCAGCUCCAGCCGCAGCGCAGGAGCCUUUCUGGACCUGUGCGUCACAUGGAGCCAUAGUCCGUCCGCAAAGCCCGCUUCAGCACCGCCGCAGGACUUUAGCGCGUCUUCAUGAAGUUUGUGAGCGCAGGAGCGGCGCUGCUGCUGCUCCUCAUCGGCCGCUGCUGCUGCACCGACCCCGACCGGAAAGUGUGCCAGGGGAUGAGCAACCAGCUGACUCUGCUGGGCAACCAUGACCACCACUAUAACAACAUGAGGAAGGUGUACUCCAACUGCAGCGUGGUCCUGGAGAACGUGGAGAUCACCUACACCAAGGAGAACCAGGACCUGUCCUUCCUCCAGUCCAUCCAGGAGGUUGGCGGCUACGUCCUGAUCGCCAUGAACGAGGUGGCCACCAUCCCGCUGGUCAAUCUGCGUCUGAUCCGGGGACAGAACCUCUACGAGGGCCGGUACGCCCUGCUGGUCAUGUCCAACUACAACAAAAGCCAGUCCACUCAGAACUACACCGCCGGGCUGAGGCAGCUGCAGCUCAGCAACCUGACUGAGAUCAUGUCAGGAGGAGUAAAGAUCAGCUUCAAUCCUCUGCUGUGCAACAUAGAAACCAUCCAGUGGUCGGAUAUGGUGGACAAAAACAGAAAUCCCAGCAUGUAUUUAAACUUAAGCACAAGUAAACGCCAAUGCGGGAUCUGUGAUUCCAGCUGUAACGGGUCGUGUUGGGCACCCGGACCGGAUCACUGCCAGAAAUUUACCAAGCUGUUGUGUGCCGAGCAGUGCAGCAGGAGGUGCCGCGGUCCCAAUCCCGCCGACUGCUGCAACGAACACUGCGCCGCCGGCUGCACCGGACCCAGAGCCACAGAUUGCCUGGCCUGCAAGGACUUCAACGAUGACGGCACCUGUAAGGACACUUGUCCUCGUCCGCGCAUCUACGACCCCCAGCUCCAUCAGGAGGUGGAAAACCCCAACACCAAGUACACCUUCGGAGCAACCUGUGUCAAGGCCUGCCCUCACAACUACGUGGUGACAGACGGCUCGUGUGUUCGCUCUUGCAGAGCAGGAAUGCACGAGGUGCAAGAAAAGGGGAUUCACCGCUGCAAACCAUGUGAAGGAGUCUGUCCCAAAGUGUGUGAUGGAAUUGGAGUCGGGUUGCUGACCAACACCAUCGCCGUCAACUCCAGUAACAUUGAGUCCUUCAAGAACUGCACCAAGAUCAACGGGAACAUCAUUCUCCAAGAGUCCUCCUUCAGUGGGGAUCCACAUUACAACAUCGGCCCCAUGGAUCCCGAGAUGCUGUGGAACCUCAGGGCAGUGAAGGAAAUCACUGGUUACCUGGUCAUCACAUCCUGGCCUGAGAACAUGACCUCUCUGUCGGUGUUCGAGAACCUGGAAAUCAUUAGAGGACGAUCAACUUACCAGAGGGGGUACAGUUUGGUGGUGUUUAAAGUGAUGCAUGUGCGGUGGCUCGGCCUUCGCUCCCUAAAGGAGGUGAGCGCUGGGAACGUGAGGCUGCAGAUCAACUCCGACCUGUGCUACACCCACAAGAUCAAAUGGUCCCAAUUGUUCAAAUCUGAGACCCAAAUCGUCAAGGUCACCCCCGAGACGUGCCAGCUGGAGAAUCAAACCUGCGACCACGAGUGCUCGGAGGACCACUGCUGGGGCCCGGGGCCCUCCAUGUGUGUCUCCUGUCUGCAUGUGAGACGAGGGGACCGCUGCGUGGCAAGCUGCAACCUGCUGCAGGGUGAACCCAGAGAGGCCCAGGUCGACGGGAGGUGUGUCCAGUGUCACCAGGAGUGCUUGGUGCAGGCUGGCAGCCUGACCUGCCACGGCCCGGGUUCAGCUAACUGUUCCAAGUGUGCACAUUUUAAAGAUGGCACCCGGUGCGUCUCUCACUGCCCACAUGGUGUCGUGGGAGUAGGAGACUCUCUGAUCUGGAAAUAUGCAGAUAAGACGGGCCAAUGCCAGCUGUGCGACCAGAAGUGCAUUGAGGGGUGUUCUGGUCCUGGACCAUCUGGAUGCAAAAGUAAUAGCCAGUUCCCAUUGGCGGUGGUUGUGGUUAGUGGACUCCUGGUCACUGUAAUUGUGGCACUGCUUAUCCUGGUGUUGCUACGCCGGCGAUGGAUCAAAAGGAGGAGGAAUUUACGGCGCGCUCUCCAGGAGAGGGAGCUGGUGGAGCCGCUGACUCCGAGCGGUCAGGCCCCCAACCAGGCACACCUGAGGAUGCUGAAGGAGACGGACUUCAAGAAGGACAGAGUGCUGGGCUCCGGGGCCUUUGGGACCGUCUACAAGGGUUUAUGGAUCCCUGAGGAAGAAAACAUCCGGAUCCCUGUGGCCAUCAAGGUUCUCAGAGAGGCCACGUCACCCAAAGCCAACCAGGAAGUUCUGGACGAGGCCUACGUGAUGGCGAGCGUGAACCACCCUCACGUCUGCCCCCUGCUGGGCAUCUGUCUGACGUCGACCGUGCAGCUGGUCACCCAGCUGAUGCCCUACGGCUGCCUGCUGGACUACGUCCGGCACCACCAGGAGCGCAUCUGCGGCCAGUGGCUCCUCAACUGGUGUGUCCAGAUCGCCAAGGGGAUGAACUACCUGGAAGAGCGGCACCUGGUGCAUCGGGACCUGGCUGCCAGGAACGUCCUGCUGAAAAACCCGAACCACGUCAAGAUCACAGACUUCGGUCUGGCCAAGCUGCUGACGGCUGACGAGAAGGAAUACCACUCUGACGGAGGAAAGGUUCCCAUUAAGUGGAUGGCCUUGGAGUCGAUCCUCCAGUGGACCUACACCCAUCAGAGCGACGUGUGGAGCUACGGGGUGACUGUUUGGGAGCUGAUGACGUUCGGCUCCAAACCGUACGACGGCAUACCGGCCAUUGAGAUCGCGUCGUUGCUGGGGAAAGGAGAGCGGCUGCCUCAGCCCCUCAUCUGCACCAUCGACGUCUACAUGAUCAUGGUGAAAUGUUGGAUGAUCGACCCGUCCAGCCGUCCUAAGUUCAAGGACCUGGUGCGAGAGUUCGCCCAGAUGGCCCGGGACCCGUCCAGGUACCUGAUCGUACAGGGUAGCCUGCCGAGUCCAUCAGACAGGAGACUUUACUCUCGCCUGCUGAGCUCUGACGAGGGCGUGGUCGAUGCGGACGAAUACCUGCAGCCGUACAAACGCCAUAACCGCCAGCAGAACAGGCAGCCCUUCUGCACAACGAACGACCAUCCAGUGGUGCAGAACGGCCUCCCUGACCGUUACAUCUCUGAGCCAUCUCAGAGCGAGCUGGACAACGACUUCACCGGUCAUGGUAAAAUACAUACAUCUGAGUACAUGAACCAGGUGGUGAAUGAUACCAGUUGGAGCAGCAGCCUGUUGGACAUUUGCAAUCCCAACUAUGAGAACCUUACCCAGGGUUGGGGCCCAGCGUCACCUAAUUCCUCGAUUGAGACCCAACUCUUAAAUUUCUGACUCACUGGAUUAACUCUUUUAAAAUGUGGAGCCAAAAAGGAUCCAGAUAAACUUUUAAAGAGCUAAAGCUAAUUUCAGUUUUAUUGAAAAAUGAACUUGUUUGUGUGCUCGUAUUUAGAUGUUUGCAGGAGUCGGACUAUCCAGACCUCAGAGACAUAGCGGCACAAAGCUGAAUUCUGUCUGCACUGCUGAUAUUUUCAUCCUCCUGCCCCUGAGUACGUUUGGUUCCAGCGUUUGUGUCAAUGAACUCAACAUGUGAACUGAUCCUGGGACUCCUUGUGUUGUUGGUCUUGAAACUGGACUGUAGGGGGCGGUGUUGCCUUCACGCUGUGCUCCCUUCACCUCAGAAGUAGGAACUCGGAUGUUUGAGCGCCAUCGAAUCCGACUGAGCAGUUUUCCCGCUGCCCCUCAGAGAACCGUUGGGAUUCACCAGUCGUUCUUUUCAGCCACCAGGCUAACUGCUGUUAGCAAUGCGGGCUAUGACGACAUAUUUCUUUCACUCUCUAAAGACCUGCUGACAGAUGUUAAUGUGAGGUACACAUUACGAGCGAUGUAAUGACACAGAACUACAGACAUGCAAGUAAGGUUUUAUUAUUGUGAGUUUAGCAUGUGUUACACAGGAGGCAGCCAUAUUGGAUUUUGACAUUUCUGAGUCAAAAUCCCGACAAAAAGCUCAACUUGAUUCUUUUGGAAUUGGAAUCUGGAAAUUCUGGUUGAAUACAACGAAUGGAAGGUAUGAGUACUACUAAGGGGCAGAUCCACUCCCUCCGCUGGUACUGUGAGGGUUCUACAACAACUUUUCGUGUUGAUAGUUAUUCUUGUACAAACUUAUUAUUGUGGAUAGGAUGUUUGUGAUCUUAUGUGUAAUGUACAUUUAAAUAUCCCUGAGUUCAAGGUUCUGUAAAGCCUUUGUUCCUGCCACUAUGUAACUCUGAAGUGAGGAUCAGUGAAUGUUUCUGGACUGUUGUGUAAAUCCUGCUGGAGACGGGAACCCUCCACCGAGGAACACACGUGAGGACAUGAUCCCAGUUCUCGGUGAAGUUUCACGGAUUCAUUUCAGUCAAAGCUGUAGCGCGGGGAGAACCCUCUCUUGUUGUCUGACUUGAAAUACUGUUUGUUUUUGUCUUAUUGAAAUUGUAUUGAGGUCCAAGAAAGUUUGCUUUACUUGACACAAAUGAGCCAAACCCCGAUGUCUUGCUGCUGUUAAAUAUUUGCUGUUUUU